AGAAUUAGGGUUUCUUUACGUUCUCACGUGCCAAACCCACUGAUUCGACCAAGGGCAUUGUCGCUUUUUCGGCGGCGAGAUGAAGCUGGCCGGGCUGAAGUCGGUGGAGAACGCCCAUGACGAGUCCAUAUGGGCGGCGGCGUGGAUCCCGGCGACGAACGAGAGGCCGGCGCUCCUGCUGACUGGGUCGCUCGAUGAGACGCUGCGCUUGUGGCGCCCGGACGAGCUCGUCCGUGUCGGGGCGCCGUUGAAGGGGCAUUCACUUGGGGUGGUGGCCGUCGCGGCGCACCCUUCCGGCGCGGUGGCGGCCUCCUCCUCGAUGGACAGCUUUAUCCGCGUCUUCGAAGUUGACUCGAAUGCUUCCAUUGCCACCCUCGAGUCGCCUCCAUCUGAGAUCUGGAGUAUGCGGUUUGACCCAAAGGGCACCAUUCUGGCAGUUGCUGCAGGUGGCAGUGGUUCAAUUAAGUUGUGGGAUACCUCAACAUGGGAACUUGUUGCUACCCUUGCUGUUCCACAGCCAGAAGGCGCCCGUCCCGAUAAGACUGGCAGCGGCAAAUUUAUCCUUUCUGUUGCCUGGAGUCCUGAUGGUAAAAGAUUAGCUUGUGGAUCUAUGGAUGGGACAAUCGCUGUGUUUGACGUUGCCCGUGCUAAGUUCCUUCACCAUCUUGAAGGCCAUAACAUGCCAGUGAGGUCCAUGGUCUUCUCCCCAGUAGAUCCUCGGGUGCUCUUUACUGCUUGUGAUGAUACUAACAUCCACAUGUACGAUGCCGAGGGAAAGAAUAUGGCUGGCGCAAUGUCAGGACACACCAGCUGGGUCCUCAGCGUGGAUGCAAGUCCAGAUGGUGCAGCGAUAGCUACAGGGUCAAGCGAUCGAACUGUUAAGCUAUGGGAUAUUAGCAUGAGGUCUGCAGUCCAGACUAUGGCAAACCAUUCAGAUGCUGUGUGGGGCGUGACAUUCCGUCCUCCUGGAGGAACAGGCGUACGCGUGGGACGACUUGCCAGUGUAUCCGAUGACAAGAGCAUCUCGUUAUACGACUACUCAUAAUCCACUGGCAAGAUCCUACGGUUAUAUGGUUCACUAAUUGUGAUCUUUUUCAAGUGAGGCAUAACCUUGUCAUGAAACUAAUCUCGAAUUGCGUACAUCUAUUCCAAUCUAUGAAAAAUAUCGAGGGGGCAGGGCUAUAAUUCCAAUGUCACUGUUUCGAAUGUUUUAACAUAAAUGUGAAGUGCCCUAUCCUAAAUACUGUUGUGAACUGCAUGUACCAGUGAUGUGAAGUGCCCUAGAUUCACAUUUUUGUUUUUUUUUUAAAAUUGCCCUCUUAAUUUUUAAAUAUAUAAAAUGCACAUGUUUUUUCA